AUGAGUGAACAAACCUCGGACAACAUACCACAGGGAGCUUUCAGCUUUCCAAGAGAAGAGAGUGAAGUGACUAAACAAUGGGACGAAAUUGAUGCGUUCAAGCGUUCCUUGGAAUUGACCGAAGAUUUACCACCAUUUGCCUUUUUUGAUGGUCCUCCGUUUGCCACAGGUACCCCUCACUAUGGGCACAUCUUGGCUUCCACUGUCAAGGAUAUCAUUCCUCGUUACGCAACAAUGAAUGGGUAUCAUGUAGAGAGAAGAUUUGGUUGGGAUACCCAUGGAUUACCAGUGGAGCACGAGAUUGACAAAAAGUUGGGUAUUACUUCGAAAGAGGAUGUAUAUGCAAUGGGUAUUGACAAGUAUAAUGCUGAAUGUAGAUCAAUUGUCAUGAGGUAUGCUGACGAGUGGAGAAGAACUAUAAAGAAGUUGGGUAGGUGGAUUGACAUGGACAACGAUUACAAGACGUUGUAUCCAGAGUUUAUGGAGUCGGUAUGGUGGGCAUUCAAGCAAUUGUUUGAUAAAGAUGCCGUUUAUAGAGGUUUGAGAGUCAUGCCUUAUUCAACUGCUUGUACUACCCCAUUGUCGAAUUUCGAAGCACAACAAAACUAUAAAGAAGUCAAUGACCCAGCUAUCACCAUUGCAUUCCCAUUAGUUGAUGACCCAGAUACCAUCUUGGUGGCAUGGACCACUACCCCGUGGACUUUACCAGCAAAUAUUGCUUUGGCAGUCAACCCAGACUUCACUUAUGUCAAGAUAUACGAUGAAAAUGCCAAGAAACACUACAUUUUAUUAGAAGCAUUGAUUGGAACGUUGUACAAGAAACCAGCUCAAGCCAAGUAUAAAGUUGUUGAAAAGAUUGCUGGAAAGGAUUUAGUUGGGUUGAAGUACGUGCCAUUGUUUGAUUACUUUUACGACACUUUCAAAGACUAUGGAUUCAAAGUUAUUCCUGGGUCUUAUGUUACUGAUGACUCAGGUACUGGUAUUGUUCAUCAAUCUCCAUCUUAUGGUGAGGAGGAUUUUAACUGUGCGACUGCUGCCGGUGUCAUUACCGAAAAGAGACCACCUCCAAGUGUUGUUGAUGAUACUGGUAAAAUGACCUCCGAGGCCAAAUUAGUAUCGGGAAUGUACUUCAAAGAUGCUGACAAGGUCAUUAUCAAAAAGUUGGUUGAAGAUGGGAGAAUCUUGGUCAACUCUCAAGCUCGACACUCGUAUCCAUUUUGUUGGAGAUCCGAUACCCCAUUGAUGUAUAGAACAGUUCCUGCAUGGUUUGUCAGAGUCGGGGAAAUCAUUCCUGAUAUGUUGAAGAAUAUUGAAAAGACUUCUUGGGUGCCAUCAAAUGUCAAGGAAAAAAGAUUUUCCAACUGGAUUGCCAAUGCCAGGGAUUGGAAUGUUUCGAGAAACAGAUAUUGGGGUACUCCAAUUCCUAUCUGGGUAAGUGAAGAUUUUGAAGAAAUGGUUUGUGUUGGGUCAAUUGAUGAAUUGAAGGAGUUGUCAGGUAGAAAUGACAUUACUGACAUUCAUCGUGAAAGCAUCGAUUCCGUCACCAUUCCAUCCAAAAAGGGUAAAGGUGACUUAAAGAGAAUUGAAGAAGUGUUUGAUUGUUGGUUUGAAUCGGGAUCUAUGCCUUAUGCAUCAAAACAUUAUCCAUUUGAAAACAAACUGAAAUUCCAUGAUGCAUUCCCAGCAAACUUCAUUUCUGAAGGUUUGGACCAAACCAGAGGUUGGUUUUAUACAUUGACGGUUUUGGGAACCCAUUUGUUCAAUACUGCACCUUAUGAAAAUGUCAUUGUUACUGGUAUUGUGUUAGCUGCCGAUGGUAAGAAAAUGUCCAAACGGUUGAAGAACUACCCUGAUCCAACUUUAGUUUUGGACAAGUAUGGUGCUGAUGCAUUGAGAUUGUACUUGAUAAACUCGCCUGUCUUGAGAGCUGAAACUUUGAAAUUCAAGGAGGAUGGAGUCAGAGAGAUUGUUUCAAGUGUAUUAUUGCCAUGGUAUAACUCAUACAAGUUUUUCAAAGAUAGUGCUGACUUGUUCAAAAAGAACACUGGUGAGACUUUUGUCUACGAUGCUAGCUUGAAGUCAACAAACAUUAUGGAUAGAUGGUUACUAGCAUCCAUUCAAUCUUUGAUCCAAUUUAUUCACGAAGAAAUGAAGGGGUACAGAUUAUACACCGUGGUUCCAAGAUUAUUGGCGUUCAUUGACGACUUGACCAACUGGUACAUUAGAUUCAAUCGUCGUAGAAUCAAGGGUUAUUCAGCUGACGAUGUUGAGGAUACCAAAAAGGGGCUCAACACAUUGGCGGAAGCGUUGUUGAUCAUAUCUAGAGCCAUGUCUCCAUUCACUCCAUACUUGGCUGAUGGUAUCUACCAAAGAAUCAAGCAAUACUUCACUGAAGAAACUUUGAAUGGAAUUGUUGUUAACCCAAAACAUAAGGAUUUACGUUCGGUUCACUUUUUGCAUUACCCGCAAGUUCGUCCAGAGUUGUUUGACAAGCAAAUUGAAGUUGCCGUUGGCAGAAUGCAAAAAGUUAUUGAUUUGGGAAGAAACAUUCGUGAAAAGAAGAUGAUUUCAUUAAAGACACCAUUACAGGAGUUGGUCAUUAUCAACUCAGAUCCCGAGUUCCGUAAAGAUGUUGAAUCUUUGAAAGGGUACAUUAGUGAUGAGUUGAAUGUACGUGAUAUCAUCAUUACCGAUGACGAAUCAAAGUAUUCUGUUGAGUACUCACUUGCUGCUGACUGGCCAGUCUUGGGUAAGAAGUUAAAGAAGGAUGCCAAGAGAGUUAAAGCUGCAUUGCCCCACGUGUCAUCUGACGAAGUUAAGCAGUUUGCUUCAACAGGUAAGAUCACCGUUGAUGGAAUUGAUUUAGUUGAAGAAGAUUUGCAAGUGUUGAAGGGGUUGUCUGAAUCAAAGACUUCUCAUGGUCAAGAAUUCAGAUCGUAUCAGGAUUUGUUAAUCAUUUUGGACAUUAAUGUCCAUCCUGAAUUGGAAAGUGAAGGAUUGGCUAGAGAAUUGUUGAAUAGAAUUCAAAGAUUGAGGAAAAAGGCAGGAUUGAACUCUACUGAUGAUGUGUUGGUAAAGUACAAAUUGAUCAAGGACCACUGUGCAUUUGAAACUAUGAUUGAACAAAAUAAGGACUUGAUUAUAAAGACUACAAAGUAUCCUGUUGAGGCAGUUGAAUCUGAGGAUGGUGCAAGUGCAGAAGUUGUCAUUAUCGAUGAAGAGCAGCAAAUUAAUGAAACUGUAUUCAACUUGCAAUUGUUGAAAUUGUAA